AUGGUGGUCACUAGAAGUAGAUUGAAUGCUAAGGCUGGAAAUGGGGCCACUCCAAAGAAGAUGAAGUUUCUGGAUAAUGAUGCGGACGUAAAUGAUAUUGAGUAUCAUACGGCAGAAGAAGAUGAGCUAAAUCAAUCGGCUGGUUCACAAGACUCAGAUUCAGACUCGGACUCAGAUUCAGAUGAAGCACCCGAAGAAGAGUCUACGUCAGGGAUAAGAAAUGAGAUACUAGCAAAGCAAAAGGAAGACUUGAAAUCUCAACAAGAAUUGAAAAAACUUGAAAAGGAAAGAAGAAGACAACAAAAUGUAUACAAUCAACAGCAACAAUUACUUAAGAAGAACAAGAAGCAAGAAGAUAAAUUACCCGAAUAUUUACCAGAAGACAUAUUUGAAUCAAUAUCCGAUAACGAGACAGGCGAGUCAGAGCCAAUAAUACCAUCAAAGCACUUAAAAUUACAAGAUUUUGAAAAGUUAGAUGAGAUGGAAAUACGUAAGAAAAUAAAAGAGUCGAAGUUAAAAGAACUCAAGAAAAGUAAAAAGCUUUCCAUAAAGAAAGGUCCAGUGCAUGUUAAGGUUCAACUGUUUAAUUUGGACAAAAAAGUUGUUCCAAAGUUUGAAAAUAAGGUUGUCAAUACAAGAAAUAAAUGGCUUAAGAGGAAAUCCUUAGGCAAAAAGUAA